AUGGAGACAGUCAAACAUGAAGACGAGACGGGGCCCAAUCACUUGGACUAUCUUUUGAGAGUUGGGUUCACGCAGAUAAACCAACACGCUAGCAAUAAUGAUUUGACUGCAACUUUAAGCAAGAUCGAGAAAGCCUUGGACAACGGAAAAAAUACAGCAACAGCCGGACACUACGAACAAAUCGCAAAUCUAUACUAUAACAAGUUCGGAAUCACGUCUCAGGAAGAUGAGAUACUUAAGGCCAUUUCCCACGCCAAAAGUGCACUAGAGGCGGCCGGAGACGACACAAGAUACCGGGCAAAUCGACUCACAAAUCUCGCCACGUACCAGCUUACAUUGUUUGGGAGCGACUUUCAAGGAAAUAUCCUGCAAGACGCCAUCCACAACACAAGAGAGGCGGUAGAGCUCCGUGAUCAUGGUGCAGACGAUGGCUUGCAGGAAAGGAUGGUCCUUGCAAGUGCGCUUUACUACAACCAUGAGUGGAGCGGCAACAUCGCGGAUCUUAAUGAGGCCAUUGAUCUAAGCUUGCAGGUCGUGAACUCUACCGGAACUCAAGAUACAGACUGGAUCGACAGAAUGCGAGACUUUACAACAUUUGCAAGAGCGGGUUUCGACGCUGGCGGUACAUUCGAUAAGCCGAAUAUCGCCAUCGACCUGCUUGAGCAAGCAAUGAAUAACGAAAGUCUUCCAAGCGAAACUCGACAUGAUUCUGCGGUGUUGGUGCUGGAUUUUGUAGCCGAGAAAUACGAGUCAACUAGGUCAGAACAGGACUUUGAACUUGCAGUGAAGGCGUGUAAGAUUUCUAUGGAACCACAGCCUGGGGAAUAUUCUGCUCCUGAAAUAGCUUGUAAACGAUGGAGUCAGGCAGCAGCAACAGCGUCCACACUAUACCGGAACCGGUUCGAACUUACAAAAGACCCUCAAGAUAUCGAGGUGUCCAUUAUCAUGGCCCGGAGGUUUCUGCCGGAUGAGGCCGAGAAUUUUGUGGAUGAUAACGGUUGCGCAAGUGCUUUGGCUCUCGCCCUAUGGACUGACUUCCGAGCUCACGGAGAUAUUCUGAGGCUCGAUGAGGCCGUCGACCUAGCGACCAAGAUUCCACAACAACAGUCGCCUAGAGACGAAAAUUACGUCAAUGCCUUGACGAACUUGAACGGUAUCUGUCAAACGAGAUAUAAUGCCACGGGCAAAGAGGCAGACCUUCAUACAUGUCUCGAUUCAGCUCUCGAGGCGUUGAACGCCACAACGACGAGUCCCAACGUGGCAUUGAAAGUAAGGCUGUUGUUGUCAGCAAGCUCGGCAUACAUCCAUAUGGCAAGGAGGUACGGGGAUCUAGAAAAUGUGCAAUUAGCCGUUAGAUAUGCAUUAGACGCGAAGCAACUGGCCAAGGACCCGUUGUCAGACGUGGAGAUCUCGACCUCCCUAAAUUUGACCUUGUCGCAGGCUCUCAUUCUGCGCUAUCAUCACCUCCAAGCUCUUGCGGAUCUUACCGGUGCCGUCGAGAAUCUCGAGCAUGCGAGAGCCACAGCUUCAGGGUAUUUCUUAUUCCCAAUCGUUCUGAACAAUCUGGGCGAAGCGCUCAGGCUCCUGUAUUCGAGGACAGGAAGGGCAGAAUGUCUGGUGGAUGGUAUUGGUGCUCUGGAAGAGGCCCUUGUCAUGGCAUCUGCGGAGGACCCAGCUAAGGCUAUGUAUCGAAGCAACUUGUCACUCAGCCUUUUCGAUCUCUUCAAGCUUACCAACGAACCCGAGACGCUGGACAAAUCGAUAGAGGCUAUCGAGCGUGCUAUCCAGGAUACAGCACCUGGGGACACACAGCUACCAAAAAGGCUCAGCCUUAGUGGAAACUGUUAUGGAGCGAAGUUCGAACUCACCAAUAUGUGUUCUGAUUUAGACAAAGCGAUUAGUCAAACGCAGGCUGCUAUCGACGUAACACCACAAGAUAACCCCGAGUGCAGCACGUAUUAUAACAACCUAGGAUGGCAGUCUAUGAAGCGGAGUUUUGCGCGAGAGGCCAAAGACGGGGUAAGCUCUCAAAGAUCAAAGGAAGAUAAGCAAGUCGCACACCAAGCCUACAAACACCUGCUUUACAUGGCUGGUGCCAAUCCCCUCGAGCGAGUCGUAGGGGGCUAUAGUGCCAGCUCCAUAGCCUUCAACAGCGGGGAUUUGGAAGGUGCCCUGGAAAUGGUAGAGAAGACCGUUGAGAUGCUCCCCAAGAUAAGCCCCCUCGCACUCGACCGUUCCGACCAGGAAUACGCUUUGAGUGGCAUCUCAGGACUCUCAUCAGAUGCUGCUUCUAUUGUUUUAGAAGCUACUUCUGAUGCUUCGCGAGCGCUUCAAUUGCAAGAGGCAAGUCGUGGGGUAAUCGCAGGCCUUACCAUCUCAGCUCGUAACGAUAUCAGCGAUCUAGAAGUCCAGGCCCCUGAUAUUGCAGCAGACUAUAAAAGAUGCCGAGAUUUACUUUCAGCAGGAGCUCAAGCAUCACACUUGCUUAGUGAUAGCGCAAGCCCUACGGCCUCUCAUGUAAUCGACAGACAUGAGUUGAACAAAAGACUCGUCGGGCUUGAAGACAAGAUCCGACGAGAAGUUCCAGGCUUUGCUAACUUUCAGCAACCUCUAUCAACUGACGAGCUGAAAGGGUUGGCGAACAAAGGGCCUGUUGUAUCCUUCAACGUCAGUCACAUUAGAAGUGAUGCCUUCAUCAUCACUCAAAGGGACAUAACAUCCAUCCCACUACCUGAUCUGAAGGAAGAAGAUCUUAUAAACAACGCGAGGCUGUUUUUGGAGGACCCUAUGAUUACGAAAGACGGCCUCAGGACAAAGAAUGCCAGAAACACAUCACUCUUGGGCGUUCUGGAAUGGCUAUGGAAGGUGGCGGUUCAUCCCGUCUUAGAAGCACUAACAUUUCAAAAGUCGCUAGCUGAUAAGAAGCUACCCCGAAUCUGGUGGACAGCGAGUGGUCUGAUGGCGCUGAUGCCUAUCCACGCCGCUGGUUAUCACACCUCGGACGCUGCUCCGAACAUCUUGGACUUCGUCAUCCCGUCAUAUACCACAACACUGAGAGCCCUCGCAUAUGCCCGUGAGACUGAGUGGAAUCCGCUUCGAGGUCCUGAUUGCGAAUUUGCCUUUAUCGCCUCACCAAACAACGCUAGAUCAAGUGCUCCCUUGACUGUGGAAGAAUCUGCUCGCGAGCUUGAUGGUGUUGUGCGACAGCAUUGUAAGACGAAUGUGCUGGUGGAACCUACGAAGCAUGAGACCCUUGGUAUUCUUGAAUCGUGCAACGCGGUGUACUUUGGAUGUCACGGGGAAUCAAUGUCAGCCCAACCCUGCAGGAGCUUCCUUCAACUAGGCACCGACGUCAACUCGCACUUAACCAUUCAAGAGAUUCAAGGUUCGCACCAUCAGAAGGCGCAGCUGGCGUAUUUAUCUGCAUGCUCGACUGCGAACAUCUCAGCUACGCAUCUCGUGGAUGAAGUAGUCCACAUAGCUGGGGCCUUUUCGUUGCUGGGGUUUCGGCAGGUGGUUGGCACGUUGUGGCAGGCUAAGAACACAGCGGCGAGAGUGAUGGCCAAGCGGUUCUAUGAGGACCUGAUGACUGUAGAUGGUGGGGACGAAGAUUGUGUUGCGAGGGCUUAUUAUGUGGCGGUCAUGGAGCUCAGGGCAACAAACGUUCGGGAUCCGUUGGUUUGGGCUACUUUCGCUCACUUUGGGGCGUGA